GAGGCAAGGAGUACCAUCUUCCGAUUGGCUGGAAGCGCUUCGCCGUCCAGGUGAAGGGGGUGUACGACGAUGGCGACAACAAGUGGCUCCGGGAGGACGAGAAUGGCUGGGCAGUGGCCUACCAUGGCACUUCGAAAGAAGGCCUCCCUGGAAUCCUGUGCACCGGUUUCAGGGUGGGCGAAAGGCAGAAGUUCGCCAAGGACACAGGUGCCGGCGUCUACUGCACGCCCAUGAUCGACGUGGCGCAGCACUACUCGAAGCCUACGCUGCUUCGAGGGCGCAGUGUACAAAUCGUUCUGCAACUUCGCGUCCGGCCGUCGGCCAUCAACCCGGUGACGAAUCCGAGUGCUCAUGAGUUUGAGCGGAAGUACUGGGUCAUCAACAACCCUGACGACAUUCGUGCAUACGGCGUCCUAAUCAGGGAGCUCCCGCUGCGCGACUACAUCCUGCCAGAG